ACUCGUUUUUUGCGUUUUUUUAAUGAGCGUUACUGACUCACAAUCGAUCCCUUUUGAGCGUUUAAACGCGUUUUUCCAAAUGUUUGUCUGCUUGGGUUCCGUCCGUUUGGCAUUGCUUUAGUGUCUAGUGACGAAAGUUCAGCAUGUUAUGAACAAUUAUUUAAUCAACUUCGAUUUAUAUCAGCACAAGAAUGUAAUCGUCCAUAUUUAGUUAAUUAUUUAAUGGCUGAUGGUGCAUUAGAUGCUGAUAUUCAUGCUCUACAAUUGAGUUUUUCCGAUGAUAUAUUUAAUCGUGGUUCAUUAUUAUUAACGCAAAAGUGGAGUGCUGAUCCAGCUAUUCAACAAUUUCAACAAAAUAUUUUUUUGAUCAAUGGAUUACAAAAUUACCGCUAUGGUAUGAAGAUUAAACAACAAUAUACACUUAGAAAUAAAUUACAUUUAUCAUCGUUUUUACCAAAGGUGGAACAAAUGUUAAAUGAUUGGUCGACUAGGAGUGGCACAUUUUCUUUACUGAUGCGUUACUUUACUGAGUAAAGCAACGCUUUCAAAUAUCACCGUAUGAGUGACGAACAACCGAAAAUGUAUUGUUUUAUCACCUUGCGGACACAAUGCGACUAAAGUGUUACUGGUAACGAGUAACGCAUGCGUUAUUGCGUUACUAGAAAAGUAAGGC